AUGCAGCUCAAGGAAUUUUAUCCUCUUUUUUUCUUCAAAUAUGCUGACACAAUUUUGAAAAAGUAUUCAUCAACAGUUGCUACAAUCUUCACUGGCUUUGCAUCUGCAGCUUUAUUUGGUCACACUCUUACUAUAAAUUUUAUGCUUGGAAUUUCCAUUGUUUUCAUCUCAAUGCAUCAGUUCUUUUCGCCUCUUGCAAAAGUUAAGGAGGAUGAAAAUGGAGUAUUGGAGUUGGAGCCAGUUCAAAGCAAUCAUAGGGACGCUUUCGUAAAUAUCGCAGCAGGGGCUAACGAAGAGGCUACUCAUCAUGUAGAAGCUGAUGAAAGAAGGCCUCUCCUUCCUACUUGAAUUGCCAACAAAGUUUCUUCUUUGAAGUGUUUUGUGGGACCCAGGUGAAGAAGAAGGAAAAAAGAAAAGGAUACUUUACAAUGAUGAUGAUGAUUGUGGAUAUGGUUGAAAAAGUAUACUCAAGUUUAGAUAGAACUUUAAUAUCAUUUGUAUACAAACAACAUGUUAAGAAGAUACAAAAAUCGGGAAUUUUUAUUUGUGUAAUGUUUUUACCUUUACCUUAGAGAAAGACCACUCAUCCAACAUUCAAAUUCACCACUUUUUUGGUUGUGUGCAAGUGUAAAUCUAGGAGAAUUUUUGCUGUGUUUUAUUCCUUGUAAUAUUGGCUUCAAGAGCAUUAUUAAUACUUGUAAUCUCCUCA